UUUGACUUCUUAAUCUUGACUUUUAAAUUGGGUCGUCAUAUUGCGCCGAGAUUCUAUCUUCAUUUGUUUUUUUCUCCCGUUCUUGAAAUUCUGUGAUAUUUUUGGAUCCCCAUUUUGUGUGGAAAUGGUCCGUUUUAUUGACGCGAGUCGGACAGUGAAUUCCACUGAUUCUACAGAUACUUCCUUAAUGAGAUGCAGCAGCAAAGUUAUAUUCCCUUAUCGCUGAAGGGGGUUUUUUAGAGCUCCCAUAGCAGAUUCCAUUAGAAAAGGGGGGCAUUGCUGGGGUGUAUUUAGCGUCGAUAUAAUGACAGGCAAGUAGUUUGUACAGUUAACUGUCGAUCGACGGUUGUGAAUCACUAAAGAGACGUCGAGCAACUCUGCAAUUUCCUGUUUAUCUCGUGGCAAAUCUAAGCGCUCGAAUCCCUAGCUUAGUUUGUAUCGAUUUCGUUGCUUUGCUCGUAACUGCGUUAAGAGCUCAAGGGCGAGAUAUAAUCAAGUCAUCAUUAAAACGUCUACGCCAACCGACUCCCCAGUGUGCGAUCGACAUGUAGAAAUUAUUCACUACACUGAAAGCUGACGUCAGACACAGGCCCUACACAAGGAAUAAAGCUCGGCAAUCAUCGGUUUAAUAUUGCUGCAUGCAAAGUAACGGGAGAUGACGAAACUAUAGAUGUCCUACUAGAUAUAGCGUGUGCCUUGUGCGUGUUUGGGACGGCCAAGAGCCAAGUUCAGCCAAAGCAAUAAACCCAAAUCGGGAGUCAGUCCAACGGAGGGGGUUUUUCUCGCUCGUUUCGAUCCCCCCGCAUGUGCCUGCCCUAUACGCCAGAAAGUCGACAGCUUUUUUUUCCCCUUCUCGCUGUGUUAACUUGUGUGUCUUGAUACUUUUGACCGACACGUUUGCACAGCGUUAGAGAGAGAAAGUAUGGAACUAAAGCUCCCUCCGACGGAAAUAAUCACGCUUCGGUGUAGUAGUAGUAGUAGUAGAAGAUGCAUGGCCCCAGAAAGUCUUUUGACACACAACCCAGGACCAGGAGGUUCGGGUCUUCCUUCAGUGUUGCCGCCGCCGAUGGAUUGUUGUGUUGACCGUGUCUAUACGGCACGUUUGUUUUGGUUUUGAACGACCGGAGAAUAUCUCGUUAAGCGAUAAGACAAGCUCAAAAAUGGUGGUGGUGUUACGUUCGCGUGUACGAACAGACAAGAACAGACGUAACAAACAAGAAACUACUCGGAGGAUUCAUCGAGCCGGAACUCUCUCUGCAUCUCUACAACAAAGACAACCGACCGGUCCCCCUAAAGAAGAACGAAUUUCAUAAUUCCACAGCUCUAAAUAAUUUCCGGCUCUCCUCUUGGGGGUAUGACACACAGCAAAAUUUUUCUAUCUAUUUUAUUGUUCUAUCGCGUCUAGUAAUCUCACCAGCAGACUCUGAGAUUGGAAUGAAUUUACUGGUCGCCGUAUUUCUCUUUCUCUGCUUUCGCAAUUUGUUCUGUUCUGAAAAUGCCCAGUGGAUUUGCAUUCGGUCGGCUAGGACGAGGCCCGGAUCCAUAAUAAAAAAAAUGCGAUAUGCAGAACGUCGCCAGCCCAGCACACAACAACAACAACAACAACAUCGAUCGUUUUCCUUUUGAGCGCAAUGUUUAUCGUUGAUCAUCAAUCGUCCCCUCUUCUCUCUUUUUUCGAGAGACACAAAAAAAAGGGGAUUGCCGUUUAUGAUAUGCCAAAAGGAAAGGAAAGGAAAAAAGGGACGAAUGGCACAACGGGUGCCGUUUGUCACGUGAGAGACGGUCGUUGGUAUGUUGUUGGUCGGUUGCUGUCGUCGUUUCUGGUUGAAAGAAACAAAAAAUCUCCUCCCCACCAGAAGCUGAACAUUUCGUGUUGAUUGCCGUUGAAGAUAACCGCGACGGAUGGUAAACUACCACCACCACCACACCGUUCCGCGAUGGAAGUAGCUGUGGUGGUAGUAGAACGUGUGUAAUCCCGCACGGAGGAAUCGGCAGAUGGCGCCCAGACGUGGAUGGUAAAGAGUCUCGGCAAGAGACGCGCAAACUCCCCUUCCUUUUUGGACUCGUCCGUCCGCCCCGCUCCCGCGCGAGUCAAUUGAAAUGUUGUGUGUGUGUGUUAUAGCGCAGUGAGAAAGGACGGCGUGAGCAGAGUCGGAGAAAGUUUUCCGCUAUAGUUGGCCGAUCGGAGUCCUCUCCUGCUAAGAAGUGAAUCGGCAGUCUCAUCGCAACCAACACUCACGCUUCCGCCUAUUUUUAUUUUUGUCAGAAGAAGAAGGAAACGACGUCAUAAUGCGCUGCACUCUGCUGGGCGGACUGUGCGCCUUUUGCCUACUGUUAACCAUCAGCAUCGUCAUCAUUCUCCUUUCCCAGAGCUCAUCCUGCCCAUUGGGAACGUUCCGUUGCCUCGGUAAUGACAGCGAGAUCGGAGUUUGUCUACCCCGUCGUUUGCUCUGCGACAACCGGCCCGAUUGCCCCGACGGCAGCGACGAGGAUCCCCUCAAAUGCUCUGACAAUUACGGAGAGCUCCAAUCGUUUGUCAACGUUGUGUCGGAGAAUCCGGCCCCGGAAUUGACCACCGUCCCAGCCACCGUCUCUCCGUUCUUCGCCAAUUGCUCUGCCAAGGCCUACCCGAGAGGUUGCACAUGUCAAAAUCGUACGUGGCUUUUCUGCCUCAAUUUGGAUUUGAUGUCGGUGCCUACAGUGGAAGCCCGUCUCUCUCGACUGGUGUUGAUGAAUAAUUCCAUCAGGCGCUUGUCAGCCAAAGAUCUUGAAGGCUACGACCUGGAAUUCAUUCGACUGGAAGACAACCUUCUGGAGGUGGUAGAGGACGACGCUCUGAGCCAUCAACGUAACUUGACUAAACUAAUGCUGGGUGGCAACAAACUAUCGGACCUCUCUGCGAGCACCUUUCAGGGACUGGAUCGUUUGAAGUGGCUCUUUUUGUAUCGCAACCAGUUGGGCAACACGACGAGCAUGAAAGUCUUUCAUCCUCUGACAUCGUUACGCUGGCUGGACUUGUCUCACAACAACUUGGAUCUAGGAUCGGACAAUGUCUUCCCACAUUUGGACUCGCUCUUGGAUCUCUUUCUGAACGAAAAUCGAAUUCAGAUGAUACGAAACAAUACGGUGGCCUCUUUAACCAACCUGAUUCUAUUGGAUCUGAAACACAAUUCCAUUCGAGAAAUUCACGAGGAUGCCUUCGUCCUUUUAUCUCGAUUAAAAUUUCUAGAUCUGUCCUACAACAUGCUGGAAUACGUGCCCGAAAAUUUAUUCCGGUCCCAGCGUAACCUGACGCAAUUACGUUUGGGAUUCAAUCCCAUUCACCAUGUUCCAGCCGGCCUGUUUCUUCCGCUCUCCAAUCUCAGAUCGCUGAGACUCCAAGAUAUUGACAUUCCCGACAUCAGCGAAGAAAUGUUCGCCCCGUCGACUCUACUUGAUUUCGCGUAUUUCAAGAACUUUCGCUAUUGUUCGUACGUCGCUCACGCUUCGAAAUGUCAGCCGCUUUCCGACGGAGUGUCCUCGUUUUCGGACCUGAUUUCCCACGGCGUCCACCGGGCCUUUCUCUGGAUCAUCGGCGUAUUAACCAUCGUCGGCAACGCCCUCGUCCUUGGCGGCCGGAACCUGGCCAAGACGGAGAACCGAAUAUUGGCCAUGUUUGUCAAAAACCUGGCAGCGGCCGACAUGUGCAUCGGGAUCUACCUGCUUUGUUUGGGCGAGCGUGACAUCAGCUUCCGUGGCCAGUACAAUCAGCACGCCCAUCAUUGGAUGAUGUCGUGGCAGUGCACAGUCAUCCGCGUCCUUGCCGUCUCCACUUCCGAGGUUUCGCUUCUGUUGCUGACGUUCAUGUCAGUCGAGCGCUUUGUGUCCAUCUCGCAUCCGUUUGGCGAGCGGACUCUCAAUUUCCGUGCGGCUUUUAUCAGCACGGCCCUCAUCUGGACGGUCGGACUCGCUCUGAGUCUCAUUCCAGUGCUCUAUUGGAGCGAAAUGGGCCGUCAUCACGGCAGCAACGGCCUCUGCUUCCCGCUUCACAUUCACGAACCGUCGGCGCUGGGCUGGCAGUACUCUGCCUUUCUCUAUAUCGGCAUCAAUGGCUCAUGCGUUCUGGUGAUUGUGGGCGUGUACACGGCGCUGUUUGUCAGCAUCAGGCGGACGAGGACGGCCACGCCGCUGGCUCCCAACGAAAUCGAAAUAGCCGUCCGCUUCUUUUUCAUCGUCUUCACCGACUGCCUCUGCUGGAUGCCCACCAUCCUUUUGAAAAUCAUGGCCCUGGCCAACGUCUACAUUCCCGCCGAUCUCUACGCAUGGCUGGUCGUUUUCAUCUUGCCCGUCAACUCGGCCAUCAAUCCUCUUUUGUACACGUUCACUACACCGACAUUUCGUGCGGCCGUUCGUGAUUUCUAUCACCGGUUUGCCUUACUGAGACCCGACUGGACCAGCGCGGCCACCAGCAGCAUAGGACUCACAACGAUGGGUCGUGGAGUUCGAUCGAGCGCCAGUUUCCGCCACAACGAUUUCAACCAAUCGUCGACGCAAGGCAAUCACGUUCCAGUAGCAACCGAAGAAGAAGGUCGACACCACACUGACCUGGUGCUGUUGGACAUCCGAGCUGAAACCAUCGUGUUGCAACAACAGCAACAACCGAAAGCCAAGUCACUGUGGAGAAGUGGAGCCAAACCCGCCAAUCAUUUCAUCGAAUCCCUGUAGGUUCGGAGCCAGUCAAUCAACGCCCUUCACACAAAGUUGUGUCUGUAAAUAUAAAAUACGUAAAGUUUAAAAAAAGGAAAAAAAAAAUAAUUCUUUGUGUGAGUGCGGAUGCAUUGUGUAUGUGUGAAAAUGGUAAUACUCUACACCCCUCUGCUGUGUAUCUGUGUAUACGUGUGGAUGAACGAAUCAACGGCUAUAAAUAU